AUGAAUAGUCCACCAGUGGACACAGGUGGACAUGGGACCCAUGUGGCGAGCAUAGCCGGCGGGAAUUUUGUGAAGAACGCCAUGAUUGUUGGCAAGUUCAAUUACACUACCUCUAGGAUGGCGCCCAGAGCUCACCUGGCCAUCUACAAGACAAACUUCACCCUUGUUGACAAUCUAAAAAGUUAUGAUCAGGCAAUGAUUGAUGGAGUGAAUAUCAUCAAUUACUCUAUAAGUGUCGAGCCAACUGAUAACUUCUACAAUGACGAAGCUGCCUUCUCUAGAUACAAGGCCACUGAGAAGGGUAUUUCUGUCUCCGUCUCCGCCGGUAAUAGGGGAAACCCAAAAUCUCUAAGUCAUUCCGCUCCUUGGCUUACAAUGGUCGGAGCAAGCUGGCCGGAUAGAAGGCUUGCUACGGCACCAACUCAAUUUAACUCUUCCAUCUUCCAUCCUAUUGUAUACCCUGGAGCCAACAACAAAAGGGAAACUUUAGGUUGCUGGAAUGGGUCUUUGAACAACAUUGAUGUGAAGGAUAAGACAGUGUUGGGCUGGGCUGGCAAUGAUAACAUCGGCAAAGGACGUGUGGUUCUUGCCGCCGGUGGCGCGGCCAUGAUUCUCAUGGGUCCAAUAAAGAAUACCCGAAACGACAAACAUGUUCUUCCAGUAUUGCAUGUCAACUCCAACGACGCCAACAAGAUUUUGAAUUAUUACAACUCGCCUGGAGGAUCACCACCCAAUGCCAGCAUCAUAUUCAAGGGGCAGGUGUCCGGUGGCCGCCCGGCUCUGACCAUCGCUCCUACUUCAUCCAGAGGUCCUAGUCAAACUAACGGUGGCAUUUUGAAGCCAAAUGUCAUUGCACCAGGCUACGAGAUCCUUGCAGCAUCCAUUGUCAAAGGCGGUCCCUUUAGUAAUUAUUUUAAGUAUGACAAAGUUAAUUAG